AUGGCUGAAAACCUAGAUGAAAACAGUUAUUCUUCUCUUCCUUCUAAAUUGCCUACUGCAAGCACCACUGUUAAUGUAUGUGUAUUGGUUAAUAAAAUUCCUUUGUAUUGCGAAUCCAAUGACGUUGCUAAAUGCCUUGAAGCACAACCAGUUUCUCUUCCACUUUCUCCUCUGUCUAUCAAUGAUGUCCAUGUUGUUCCUACACAAUCAGGUGGAAACGCAUCCUCUCCUGCAACUAAACACGCAGUGCUCGCUGUUACUGCUAGUAAUGUUGAAGCUAUUCCUAGAAAUCUUCAGCUACAAGAUGGUAUUCUCUCAUCAUCUAACAUGAUCCCAAUGUUCCAAGAAAAGGCCACUGCCAGCUUCACAUUAAUUCAUGGUACUGAGCCUAUUAUGCAGUAUUUGGUAUCACAAGGAGAGAAACUAUCAGUUCAACUUGAGUUUAAAGGAAAUAACGUGAAAGUUUGUGGCAGUUGCAGUCAAGUGUACAAGUUUAGGCAAUAUCUAGCAAAUCUUCUAACAGAGAAUAUCCUUGCAUUACCACCAUCACAUCAUGCACAACACAAUCCACAAGCAAUUCAUACACACAAUACAGUCAACCCUGUACCAGAGCAGGUUCCUCCUGAGGGAGGCAGCAAUGAAGGAGCAGCAGCCACUGGGGGCAGUAGUGCUGGUGAUGGUAAGACCUUUACUGGUCUUAGUAAAGAUGUCCUUCUGCUUAUGCCUAAAGUUCGUAAAGAUUGCUCUAAAAAUAUGCAAUUCUUCCCCGAGGAAGGAAAAGUUAUCGUUUUAGCAUCUUCAGAGGAAGAGAGGGAGCAAUGUAUAACGCAGUUUCAAAAUUCGUAUCAAGAAAUCAUUAAAAAUCGUCAGUUGAAGUCCGGCAGUCUUGAAAUACCACCUGCCUUUCAAAUUGAAAAUAUGUUUGGUUUAUUGGAAGAUUUUGAUAGCAAAUAUAGUCAAUGUCACUUCUCGUGUGAUGAGAAAGCUCGAGUGGUUAGGAUAGUAUCAAUGUCAUCACGUCAAUUUGAUCAGGCAAAGAAGCUACUAGGUGAUCGACUGGCAGGAGAGAAAGGAGAUAAAUGGGAAGAAAAGACAGGAAAGAAGAAAGAAGAGAAAGGAGGAGGAGGCAAACCUGGAAAAGGAGCUAAAAUACCAACCAAACCUGGUUCGUCUGAAACAUUAUCAAUCAAUAAAGGCCAUAAGCUUACAGUAAAACGAGGCAAUAUAGUAGAAGAAGAUGUUGAUGCAAUUGUCAAUGCUGCUAAUUCAAGAUUAGAUCAUGGAGCAGGAGUAGCAGGAGCUCUUAGUAAAGCAAGUAAUGGAGAAUUGCAAAGAGUAUCUAAUGCCUACAUUAGGAAUUAUGGUCAGCUACAAGUUGGAGAAGCUGCAGUUACCAGUGCUGGAGGGAAGUUAAAAUGCAAACGUGUGAUACAUGCUGUUGGCCCUAUAGCACACGAAGUGAAAUCUGAUUUAGCAUGUUCUCAGUUCAUAUAUCAAGCUAUUACUAAUUCUCUCCUUGAAGCAGAAAAAAUGAAAGCAGCAUCAAUAUCAUUCCCAGCAUUAAGUACAGGAAUAUAUGCAGUGAAGAAGUCAUUAGCUGCUGAUGCUAUAUUUCAAGCAAUAUUGAAAUUCCAUUACACCAGUAGCAAGGUAUUGACAGAUAUUCGUAUCGUUAUAUUAGAUGAAGAUACCUACUCCGUAUUCGCCCAACAUUUACUAGCUAUUAAAUCCAAUCCAACUCAUACCGAGACAUCUUUCCAAUCACCUGGUGCUGAUACUCAUGGUAAUGUCUCACAGAGCAAUGGCUCUUCAUCUCAUGGCAGUCAUACUCCUGGACCUACUGCAUUGAGUGAGAAUUCCCUUCAUGCUGCUGCUUCUGGAGGGAAAAGUAAAGCAUGGAGUGAGACUGGGAGUGGUGCUACUGGAACAGGGAAUACUCCAUGGACUGGGCAGGGAGGUGCAGGGAAUACUGCAUGGAGUGGACAGGGAGGUGCAGGGAAUACUGCAUGGAGUGGACAGGGAGGUGCAGGGAGUACUGCAUUGACUGAACUGGGAAACUCUACUGGAAAAGGAGAUAAAUGGAUGACUGGACAUGAUGGUGCUUCUGGAACAGGGACUGGUGUAGGAACACCAGUGAGCAACUCAUCUUAUGGUAUCAAUGCUGGAUCAUUUUCACCUAGUAAUUCAUUAUCUGCUCCACCUGGUUUAGAUCCUGCAGUAGUAACAUCUCAACCAACUGGAACACAGAAUAUUACAUAUCCUCAACUUCCAGGUGAUGGGCCAUUUCAAGCAACAAAUCAAAGUGGAGGGGGGGGAAAUGGUCAGCAGCAAUCAUCAUCAGCUGAUUUACUACAACCUCAGGUUGUUUUAGAUUUUACUAGUAAAGGAGUAAUGAGAUCUUCUUCACAAGAAGAGACUUUUUCAACACCUACUGGCUCACCUCCUCUAGCUGAUAAAGAAAAGAUUACUGUAGGUGAUGUUGGUUGUCCUAUAUGCCGUAAUGAUAUAGCAACAGAUCCUACUCCUACUAAAUGUUGUAAUCAGAUCUUUUGUAAAUCUUGCUUAAAAGAGUCUCUAAAGCAUUCUCCAUACUGUCCAACAUGCAAGGAACCAUUGAGGAAAGUCAAAGGGAAUCAACCAGCUGGUGGUACAAUGACACAUUGUGUCCUUCAGUCUACCUCCUUACCUGGUUAUGAAGGAGCUGGUGCUAUUCUUAUCUCUUAUGAAAUACCUCAUGGUAUACAAACUAAGGAACAUCCUCAUCCAGGUCAGCCAUAUCAUGGUACAAGACGUUCAGCUUAUCUUCCAAACACUCCUGAAGGACAGGAAGUGUUACGAUUACUAAAAAAGGCAUUUGAUGCCCGAUUGAUAUUUACAGUUGGUACAUCACAUACCACUAGUGCUAGUAAUACUGUAGUAUGGAAUGAUAUACACCAUAAAACUGUAACACAUGGACAUCCGUAUGGUUAUCCUGAUCCUACUUAUUUGUCAAGAGUAAAAGAAGAACUUAAAGCUAAAGGAAUACAAUAAGUAACUUAGUAACACUUAGAGGUACUAGUUAAUUAGUAGUUAUUGAUUAUAAUAAUUAUUCAUAGUUUCCAGUAAAUCGUAAUUUCAUUUAAUUCAUUAAUAAUGUUUCUUUAUUGUUGUAGUUUAUUCACUUUGUUUAUAUAAGUAUGGCAUGUGACUAUCAUGUGACAUUAUGUUAUUAUUAUUAGUGUCAAGAUUAUACCAUUGUCUAUAUUAUGAAUAAAGUUAUUGUAAUCAUCA